AUGGCAGCUGGCAUUACUCCGCCAGGGAGUGUCCUUGAACCUCCUCUCACACCACCACCUACUGCAGAGAAGCCAUUAUCAAGAAGUGCUCGAAGCGUGGUGGACUAUUUGCGACUUCAUCGUGCAGGUCACUGGUCAAGAGCUUGGUGGGAGCGUCGACUUAGACCGAACGACUAUAUGCAGGUCUUGCGAGUGCUCGAUACUGACGAAUCCCUUCGAAAUUACGUAGACGAUAAAGUACGAUACGAUUACGAUCCCUGUCGCUACUGUCUGACAAUCCGAAUGCCAAGUCCCCUACAUGAUACGUUCUGUGCCAGAAUAGUCGAUGAAGUAUCAAAACAAAUCAGACAAUACCAACAGAAUAGCCCCGUUGCCGAUUUCGCCAAGGAGGUCGAGCAUUUUGCUACAUCCCGAAUCUUAAUCCCUGAAGCCGCACAGGAUGGAAAACCAACAUUUUCUAGACGGGAACCGGAUGCAUCAUUUGGACAUCGCCAGGCUCAUUUCCCGGGUGUCAUUAUGGAAGUAUGCUACUCGCAGAAAAGCCGAUGUAUUUCCCACCUAGCGGAUGAGUACAUAUUAAACACUGAUGGAAGCGUGAACGUGGUUGUUGCCUUCGACGUUCAAUAUAAAGGAUCAAGAAAAGCGACAAUCAGUGUAUGGCGACCGGAAUAUAUAACCACAGAAGGUGUGGAAGAAUUUCGGACGACUGCUGUGAUAGAUGCACAGCCUUUUCGUACAGACACUGGAGAUCCUGCAGAGGGAAUAGCGUUACGACUAUCACUCAGGGACUUCGCGACAGAAGAGCUUUCACAAGGCAAGGCGGGUCUCGAUUACGAAAUUCUUGUUACGUCAAAGCAGCUUUGUGAAUUUCUUUCGAGUGCCGAAGCAAGGCAGCAGGUGCAGACGCAACGUCAAGGCUCAAUCAAUCGGAUUCGACCGGGCGCUUUAAAGCGUCGUCGUCCUCAAACCCCCCCUGAAGAGCCAAGUUCGGACGAGUCGUCAAUGGAAAGGAAUAGGGAAUAUAAACGUGAGCGUCGAAGUAGUGACUAUCGUCCUAGUUCUUCUUCUGGAGACUCGGGGAGUGAGUUGCAUUGA